AUGCGCAGACGGCGGCGGCCUUAAGGGCGGCAUUGGUUCGCAGCGUCCCAGUCGGCCUGUCAGCUGGUUUGAGGAGCGGUCUCAACCCAGCGCGCGACGGCGGCCAUGGCGGGGGAGGAGGAGGAGUUGGACUCUCCUGACGCCGAGGAGAGGUCGGGCUGGCUAACUGGUUGGCUUCCCACGUGGUGCCCUACAUCAACAUCACACCUUAAAGAAGCUGAAGAGAAAAUUUUAAAACGUGUCCCCUGCACAUACAAAAAAGGACCUGUUCGUAUAUCUAAUGGAAAUAAAAUAUGGACACUGAAGCUCUCUCAUACUAUUUCAAAUAAGACUCCACUUGUCCUCCUCCAUGGUUUUGGAGGAGGUCUUGGACUCUGGGCACUGAAUUUUGGAGAUCUUUGCACCAACAGACCUGUCUAUGCUUUUGACCUGCUGGGCUUUGGACGCAGUAGUAGACCCAGAUUUGACAGUGAUGCAGAAGAAGUAGAGAAUCAGUUUGUGGAAUCCGUUGAAGAGUGGAGAUGUGCCCUGGGAUUGGAGAAAGUGAUCUUGCUUGGACACAACCUGGGUGGGUUCCUGGCUGCUGCUUACUCACUGAAGUACCCAUCAAGGGUUAGUCAUCUUAUCUUAGUGGAGCCUUGGGGUUUUCCUGAGCGACCAGACCUUGCUGAUCAAGAGAGACCAGUUCCAGUUUGGAUCAGAGCCUUGGGAGCAGCACUGACUCCCUUUAACCCUUUAGCUGGCCUCAGGAUUGCAGGACCCUUUGGUUUAAGUCUAGUACAACGUUUAAGGCCUGAUUUCAAACGGAAGUAUUCUUCAAUGUUUGAAGAUGAUACUGUGACAGAAUACAUUUACCACUGUAAUGUCCAGACUCCGAGUGGUGAGACCGCAUUCAAAAAUAUGACCAUCCCUUACGGAUGGGCAAAAAGGCCGAUGCUCCAGCGGAUUGGUAAGAUGCAUCCUGACAUUCCAGUUUCAGUGAUCUAUGGCGCCCGGUCCUGCAUAGACGGCAACUCUGGCACCAGCAUCCAGUCAUUACGACCACAGUCAUAUGUAAAGACCAUAGCCAUUCUUGGGGCGGGGCAUUAUGUGUAUGCAGAUCAACCAGAAGACUUCAACCAGAAAGUGAAGGAGAUCUGUGACACUGUGGACUAAGCACACAGAAGGUGACGUGGGAACCCCCAUGGCUGACACAGCUCCUCAGCAGUGAUUCGUGGUCAGCGGGGAAGAGUAAGGAACACAAGAACCAGGCAGUCUUCUUGACUGUACUUUGCACGUUUUCUUUAUGAAGUUGCUCGCACCUUUACACCAGUUAGUGCCUUCUAGAAGGAUGACUUUCCUUUCUCCUACACAAAAUCAAAAUAUACAGGAGUCUCCAAAUCUACUAGCUUUAAUAAAAGGUUAUUUGUCCCUCUGCUAUACUGAAAAAUUUUAGUUUUUCAACUGAAAUUUUUUUAUUCCUAUCUAACUUUGCUAUGUCAGGUACUUUUUAUAUUGUAGUCUAUAUUGCCAAUUCUAAGAAGUAAUUUCUGGGUUUAUUAUUUUAUAUACUUUUAAAGGUGCACUUUAUUUUCUUUGCUUAUAUUUACCAUGUCUGAUAACUGAUGCAGUUAUUCAAAAGUCAAUGUGUUUUCAUGUAAAAAUUUGUCACUUUCUUAGAACCCUUCGCUUCAUUUUUGAUUAUGGAGUGACGAGACAGGGUUUUGGUUAAAAAGCUGGGAGCUGAUCACUAGCAUUGAUUUUGCUGAUUUUCCUCUGUUCUCUAUUUAAGCCUUAAAGCCCCAUUCAGCAUUUUAAAUAUGAUCCAUCCUGACAUAACUGCAGCAGCCUAAGUCCUUGGAAUCUUCUGUGUGUGGCACAUUCUACACUUUCAGGGGAACAGAACAUUCAUACUUAAGUGAUUCGAGUACUGAAAAGCCUUAACUGAAAGUCUGUUCUCUCCCCACCCUCCGCAUUAAUACUGUUUUUCUUUUCUAUGAGCCAGGAUGCAGCAGAAGGAACAGAUUUCCUCACCGAGGGGAUAUUAAGACUGUUACUUUCCAGUAAGCUAAGUCAUGUAUUUCCAUCUAACUCUGAUACAUGGGUGCUAAAACUGGAUUACAUUUUUACCACUAAAAUAUAAUCAUCAUUGGUGCUGUUAUUAUGUCUCAUGGCACCAGAAAUCAGCUAGCACUUUUUUUUUUAAGAGUUUUGCAUUGAUUAAAUAACUUACAUACUUGAAGUUAUAGUGUAAAAUUUCUAUAAGGUUGAUUGAACUGUGUGACAAGAACUACCAUCAAGUGUAGUACUUCCUUGCUGUUUUAAUACAAGGAGGACUUCUUUGAAACUGUGAAAAAGCUCUGUCUGGUAACUGGCUGCUGAGAAGACCCUCUGCACAAAAAAAUUGAAUGAGAUGGUCACCAUCAAGGCACCUGGGCCUUAUAUUUUGCUAAUGUUGCUCAUCUAGCAGAAAGGUGGUUAUGUAAAUAAAAAACAGUGAACUAGAGCAAAUAAUGA